AUGGCUUUCAAUUUCGGGGCUUCCAACCCCGCUGCUGGAGGUCCUGCCGCUGAGUUGGGACCCGAGCUCCCGGAUGUUAUUGCUGAUGAGGUCGGUUUCAAAGGUGUUUCCGGUGAUAGCAAUGUCCGGUUCCUUCCUACCCCCUGGCCUGAAGAUGCCCUUCCAGCUCCUACAAGCUCCCUUCUGGCUGUCGCGCCGACCAAAGGAAUAGUGGCCGGUGCUGCCCCGAACUCGCUUGUUAUCGCGUCGUCGGACGCAGUGCGAAAGGCAAUUGGCGCAACGACCGGGGAAAGCAAAGUCAAGACUAAACCCUUCGAACCACAAGCGACUCUACCCCUUCCUGCGCGACCUACACAUGUGGCUUUCGCCUCAGGCGACAAUGCCUUAGUCUUAGCGACUGAAAAUGGCGCGGAACUUGCGGUCUACCAGACUGCGACCCUGCUGUCGGGAAAUCCGCAGCCUGCCUUGGCCAUCCCAAUGAACAGCACGACCCUACGCGCCAUGGCACCCAAUCCUACACCGUCAGAAGAUAUCCUUUCAUCUCUAGUCGCACUAGUCACAGCAAAUGGCGAGCUUUUAAUUGCCGAUUUGAAAGGAGCGAAUCUAAUCCGGGGACCUAGCGGUCAGCUUGUGGCUGGUCUUGCAGAUGGAACAGCAGUUCAACUAACUCCUGACGGCACCCAAAAGGACGUAAUACCCCGCCCUUCUGAUCUGGAAGGCGAUUGUCAUGUGUCGUCCAUUGCCUGGCUUGAAAAUGACAUAUUCUUGAUGGUAUAUACACCAAAUGCGACUGAAGAUGAUAUGGGCCAGACGCCUCCGUCUUCGUACUAUAUCAUCACCAGAAGGAAAGGCGCACCUUUCCUGGUCCAGAAGAUGCCGGAACUGUGCAUGCCAUUUGGUGUCAACCGCGCCCCAGCCUACCAGUUUAUUGCGCGUCUAAGGGACUACAAGCCGCACUUGAAAGACAUCCUAAUCGUAUCUUCAACAGCAUCUACAGAUGUAGGUCUUAUCACCCGGUCCGAUCAACCACUAGCUAGCGAUGACGCUGCCAAAGGCACCGUGGGUCUCUUUACAACAACAGAGGUCAAUGACGACACAAAGAGAGCAUCACUCCCUUUAACCGAGGCCGCUAGUGAUACUUCAGUAAUUGGAUUAGGGGUUGACCUCUCUAGCACCGAACCCGUGGUUUCCCCAAUCCAAGGCGAAGACAUUGCGGAAAGUUCCACGCCUCUGCCCAAUCUCUUUCUCUUGAACAACGAAGGCAUACUGUGCUCUUGGUGGAUCAUAUAUUCAGAGUCUAUUCGCCAGAAACUGCCCUACCAUGGUCUGGUCUCGGUAAGCCCGCAACAACCGACACCGCAACCGCAACCGCAAGCACAAGCACCAGAACCAGCGCAGCCCACCACGCGACCUGCGUUCGGACAGCCUGCAUUUGGACAGUCGGCCUUUGGCAGCCCUUCGGCAAUGGGGUCGUCGCCGUUUGGCAAACCUUCUGCUGCCCCAGCGUUUGGCAGCCCCUCAGCUCUAGGUAGCCGACAACCUGCCUUUGGAACGCCAUCGGCUCCCAGUGGCCCAUCAUUUGGAUCCCCAUCCCAGAUUAAACCUUCAUUCGGCGCGCCUAGUACUCUGGGGCGCGCAACGCCCCAAUUUGGCCAGUCGGGCUUUGGAGCGAGUGCUGCGCCCAGCUUUGGGCAACCGUCCACACCAGGUAAACCGCUCUCUUUCGGUACGCCCAGCGCUACCUCAGCGGGAGGAUUUGGCUCGUUUGCGAAUGCAGGAGGAUUCUCCAGCUUUGCGGCACCCAAACCGGCAACAGAAUCUCCCUUUGCGAAAGCCGCCGGCGAAUCUCCUUUCGGAAAACCUGUCACUGAAUCACCUUUUGGCAAGGUGUCAACCGAGAGUCCUUUUGCGAAGCCUUCAGGCCCAUCGAUUUUCGGCACCCAGGCUCAGACCGACACAGCCUUCACACCUCAGAAGGCGGACGAAUCUAAGGGUGGCUUUGGCGCCUCAAGCAGCUUCGUACUUGGUUUCACUUUUAAGGGCGACGGCACUGCUGUCAAUGACGGUCCAAGGCCUGACAAGGCAUCUGGGUUAUUUUCCUUUGGCACGUCCCUGGACGAUAUGAUCUCCACACCUGAUAAAACCAGUCCGCCAACAGAAUCCAUGGACGACACCGAAGAUCAGCCUGUAGUGACCCAACCCGAGAAACCAGCAGCCAAAGAGCCUCCAACAUCGGUGUUUGGCGCGCCCUCUAAAAUCGAUACCUCAAAAACAACAUCGAUAUUCGGUUCUCAGACGCAACCUCAGCCAGCGACACAAACCAACAAGUCUCCCUUCUCCUUGUUCAGAAACGCCGCUGCGGAGAAACAGAUAACCAGUCCCCUAUCCCCACAAUCGGAAAAGACAACUGUCGCUAGCUUAACGCCCAAAGCGGAGAAAAUCUCUAUCGCCGAACCGCCUCUCCCUCCUGACCCAACAAGCAGGGCCGCGUAUGGCCCAGGCGAUACCUCUGCAUCUUCCAACGUCUCUAAGAGCUCGGUCGAAGAUGUCAAACUGGAAGCACGGCUCCCACCUGAUUUCACGAGCGGGAUCACAGGCAAAGCAGGAAAGCCUGCUGCAGACGAAGCUCCAUUGCCUCCUGAACCAGCAGCCCCUGAGUCACCUGCUGCAUCUGACGAGGAGGCUGGUCCACUGCCUGAAGAAUCAGACGUGGAUGAGUCCGAAAAAGAGCCGAGUGAGGGGGGUGAUGAGUCUGACUUCGCUGAUAGCGGAGAGGAAAUCACCCAUGAAAUUGACGAAGAAGACGAAGAGCCCGAAACCACUGGCCAGACACCGAAGAUCUCACCAGAGAGUUCUUUUGGAACUGGCAUCUCCGAACAAAGUCCCGCCGGAGGGUUGUUCUCUCGCAUUUCCAGGCCCGGACAGCAACAACCGCCGCGUCAGUUGUUUGGGGAGAUUGCUAAACCCAUGUUCCCACCGAAAACUCAUGUCGACCGUGAACCCCCGAGAUCGCCUAGUCCAGUUCGAGGCAGCAUCCCGAAAACCCUGCUGAAGCCACAAAUCCACAAAUCGGCCAGUGCUCCGCAAAUUCCGGGUAGCACACUUGCUGCCCGCAAGGCUGCUUUGACCGAGGCAGCUCUGGGUGAUCAACAUCUCCGACAGGAAUCUGACCGUGCAGCCCGUGAACAGCAGGCCCGCUUGAAGAUUCAAGCACAAAGAGAGGAAGAAGAAGCAUUGUCCCUUUCCGACGAUGACGAAGAUGAGAGACUUCGCGCGGAUCUUGCCCGACCACUCGAGCCUGUUCCAACACUUGACCCCUUCCUGCCGCACCAGGACUAUAUGGGUCAAACCACAAAGCCAGGAAUUCCCGGUCAAAUUGAGAGGUUAUACCGUGACAUCAACUCAAUGAUUGAUACGCUAGGCAUCAACUCUCGGGCCCUGUCGUCCUUCCUUCUAUAUCAACAAUCGCCACGAGACUCUGAGAGAUGGAUACAAACCUUGAAGACUGAUCACGCAGCUGAAGUUUUAGACGAGGAGGUACUUCUUGGCGAAAUCGAAAAGCUCGACGAUGCUGUGCUUAUGCUUGCCAAUUCUCUCCAAGAGCAGCGGGUGCAGCGUGUGGAGGAGAAGCUUGAGGCCUGCCGGGAAUUACUGAGCAAAGACAUUCUCACGCUCAGAGGCCAGUGUGCAAGCAUUCGAAAGACUCUUGACGCUCAUACUGACACGGCCGCGAUCCUUUCUGCACCUCUUUCCGCGGAGCAAGCGAACCUCCAGCAAGACCUCCGCUCUGCGUUUACAAACCUGCAAGCGAGUCUGGCGGACUUGGAAUCUGCAGUAUCAAUAUUGCGGGCUAAGAUCGCAGAGGCCCCUCGGCCAGACAGCAGCCGCCAGCCAACGAAGCGCCCCACUGUGGAAGCUGUGACAUCUACAAUCGCAACUAUGAUGAACAUGGCCGAGAGCAAGAGCAGCGAUAUUGAUGUUCUGGAAAUUCAAUUGAAAAAGCUCGGUAUCGAUACAACAGGUUCUCCGGCCAGCCGGGAAGGAUCCCCAUUUGCUACACCGAAAAAGGCAUUGGCAAGAUUUCCUACGACACCUGGUUCUCGGGGGUCUAUCGACGGGCCUCUCAGUGCAUAUCACACUCCAGACUCCGCAGGCAGAUUCCGAUCGAGCGUCAACGGGUCAGCCAAGGCUAGCCGGCUUCGGAAUAUCGAAGGCGUUGGCGAACUGGCCACCAAGGAAAAGACGGCACAAUGGAAGAGCAAAAUGUCGCGUAGGCAACAUAUCAUUGGCAACUUGAAGAAGGUGAUUGAAGCAAAGAAAUCCAAGGUCCGGGGUGUGGAUGAUUUGUAG